CCCAGUUGCUGAACGAAGCUGUUGGCCGAAAGACGUCGCCGGCUUAAACUCCGACUAAGCGUCCAUCAAACUGCACACACUACAAGUAAAAUUCUAAGCAAAAAUCGAAAUCUCAAUAAAAAACCAACUAAGCGGCGCAGUUAAUUGAAGACCAAACCGAGCUCGGCUGCUGUAGAUGUGCUGUGGAGUCCGAAAUCAAUAAAAUGUGCACCGCUGGCGUGGUUGAUGGUGGUGCUGGGGCCACUACAGGUGGUGCUGAUGGUGCGGAUAAUGGUGGUGCUGCGCACGCCCCAAGUUCGACGGCCUUGAACCCACCACAGGUCUCCAUUUCCAUUGAUGAUCCCACAAACCUCAAGCCACCUGUCAAAUCCAACUUCCGGCGUUAUCUGCAGUGGAUGACAGCACCUGUCAUGACGGCCAUUUCUGGUCUGAUCCUCUACUACCAAGGACCGUGGUACGGACUGGCCUCCCUAUAUGCCACCUUGAUAUUCACACUACUGGUGCGUCCAGGAUGGCGCUGGUUCUACAUUGCAGCAGUUACCACUCCCAGAGAUACGGUUGCACUUUUCGCCUACAUCCGUGUGCUCCUCUUCGUUAAGCGCCAGGAGCGGAAGAAUCUGAACAUCGGAGACAUCUUCGAGGCGAAUGUGGCCCGGCAGCCGGAUAAGCUGGCCAUAGUCAGCGAGUCCCAGCAGUGGACCUUCCGGCAGCUGAACGAGCACUCGAACCGAGUCGCCAACGUGUUCCACAGCCACGGCUACAAAAAGGGCGACGUGGUGGGUCUGCUGCUCGAAAAUCGCGCUGAAUUCGUGGCCACCUGGCUUGGUCUAUCCAAGAUCGGCGUGAUCACGCCCCUGAUCAACACGAAUCUCCGGGGAGCCUCACUGCAGCACAGCAUUACGGUGGGUCAGUGCACGGCGCUCAUUUACGGCGCCAGUUUUCGAUCGGCCGUGAUGGAUAUAGCCAAGGAUCUGCCUGCGCACGUGGGACUGUAUCAGUUCAACGACGAGUCCAACCAGGAGGUGGUGGCUUCCGAGGGCCUCAGCCAGGGAUUGGCACAGCAGUUGAACGGCCUUCUGGAGACCGCGGCCAAGGAUAAGGUGGCCGCCGGUGCUUCUCGGGCGGAUCAUCACGACAAGUUGGUCUACAUCUACACCUCGGGCACCACGGGCUUGCCCAAGGCAGCCGUCAUCACGCAUUCUCGGUACUUCUUCAUAGCUGCGGGCAUUCACUACACGCUUGGCUUCAAGGAUCAGGAUGUGUUCUACACACCCUUACCCUUGUAUCACACCGCUGGCGGAGUGAUGAGCAUGGGUCAGGCCCUGCUCUUCGGUUCCACCGUGGUCAUAAGGAAGAAAUUCAGCGCCUCUGGAUACUUUUCGGACUGCGCCCGCUUCCAAUGCACGGUGGGACAGUACAUAGGGGAGAUGGCGCGCUAUAUCCUGGCCACGCCAUCGGCCCCUCACGAUCGGAGCCACCAAGUGCGCAUGGUGUUUGGAAAUGGAUUGCGUCCGCAGAUUUGGCCGCAGUUCGUGGAGCGUUUCGGGAUACGAAAAGUGGGCGAGUUCUAUGGAGCCACUGAGGGCAAUGCCAACAUCAUGAACAAUGACAGCACAGUGGGAGCCAUUGGAUUUAUAUCCCGUAUACUGCCGCAGAUCUAUCCAAUAUCGAUCAUAAAAGCAGAUCCACAUACGGGAGAACCCUUGAGGAACAGCAAAGGACUAUGCGAGAGAUGUGGAGUGGAUGAGCCAGGCGUGUUUGUUGGAAAGAUUGUGAGGGGUAAUCCCUGCCGGGAGUUCCUCGGCUAUGUUGACCAGAAGGCCUCCUCCAAGAAGGUGGUCCACGAUGUCUUCUCCAAGGGCGACAUGGCCUUCAUUUCGGGCGAUCUGCUGGUGGCCGAUGAGCGGGGCUAUCUGUACUUCAGGGAUCGCACCGGCGACACCUUCCGCUGGAAGGGUGAGAAUGUGUCCACCAGCGAGGUGGAGGCGCAGCUGAGCAAUCUGGCUGGCUACAAGGAUGUCAUUGUGUACGGAGUAAGCAUACCCAACACUGAGGGUAGAGCAGGAAUGGCCGCCAUCUACGAUCCCACGCGAGAGGUUAAGGUCACCGAACUCGGCGAGGCACUUGCCAAAUCCCUGCCCAACUACGCGAGGCCGCAGUUCCUCAGAUUCCUGCGCAGAAUCGACCUGACGGGCACCUUCAAGCUGCGCAAGGUGGAGCUGCAGCAGCAGGGCUUCAAUCCGGCGAUUGUCGAGGAUGAACUCUUCUACGCACAGCCGGAUGGUGUGUAUGCUCCACUCACACCAGCCGUAUACGAAAGGAUAGUUAGAAACGAGCUCCGCUUCUAGGAGCACCGGACUUCGUUCUUGGAAAGAAGAAAAGUCAAGACUGUGCCUUGUAUGUUGGUAAUGAGGAUUUCCUUUGGAUUCAGCCUGAGCCCCAACUAGUUUUAAUUGUGGUAGUUUCUUAUUGUCACGACAAUAAUAACUUUAAACAUGGAAAUUUACUGUUGAAAGAA